AUGGCGGCGUCGGGAGCACCUGAGGAUAGGGCAUGGGCCUUGCCCGCCCCUCUGCGUCGCACCAUCCAGCUGUCGUGUUAUGGCGACCUGAGGCAACACUUUCGCCAAGCCAACAUUCCCGUGCUAAAAGCGUGCCUCCAGGCCCCCUCUCUGUGGUCCGAAGUGGCCAUGUUUGAGAAGCUGUUGUACAAAAACAUACACCAGCACAGGGUUGCGCACUUCAUGCGUUACCUAAAAGAGGUCCGACGUACGCUGACACAGCUACGGGAGCUGCGGUUGGAGGGCCUUGUGGACGAUCUGUACUACAUGUUACAGCUGGGGGCGGCCGUACCGGCCGCUGCGGGCGGUCUGGCGGCAGCCGGUGGAGGAAAGGCUGACGCGAGGACCGCUGCCGCAAGUGGCAGCGUCGGCGGACGUAUGUCGUUCAGGUUGCCGUGCAAGGAAGCGGCCGCGGCGGUGCUGAAGCAGCUUAUUGCAGGCUCCUCCCUCAUUAUGGGUGUGCAGCCCGUCCUCCACCUCGCCGCUGCUCACCUCGCCUCUCAGCUAGCCCUCAGCUUCUUCGUGCCGCUGGCCACCACCGCAACUGCCAUGUUGGCACGAAUCAAGGCAAGCGCUUACAUCUGUGUUUUAUCACUACAGCUCCUAUUAGACUGUGUACGAACGUACAACGCGAUAGCUGACCUG